GCCACCAAUACCUAACCUAGCUUCUUUUAUUAGUUAUCUAGUAUAAACUUGAUUUAAAUAGUUAUCUUUUUAAGCGAAGGGUUGAUUUUGGGUUAGCUGUUUUAUAUGAUUGAGUCGUCUCCGGCAUUUAUUAGUCCACCGGUUGCUUCCGACCGGUCUAGAGCAACUCAAAGAUCUUAAAGAGGAUCCGGGAAUUAGGAACGGACACUAUGCACGAAAUUCUCCAAGAGGGACCCGCGUGGCAAAAUCAAAAUCCCAUCUAUCCCAACAUGGGAAUCUUCAAGAUGCCCCCCCCCUCCCCCCCCUUUGGAGGCGUGUGCUCCCUUUCCCAUCUAAAUUAGUCUCCAUCCAUUUACACGACCGGCUUUCCGUAACUCUUCUAUUAAGCUGUUAUGACGUUCGCUCUCCUUUCCUAACCACCACAAGACCAUGGCAGCAGCACCAUCGCUGAACUCGUUACCAUACGAGGUACGCCAGACGAUUUAUUCUCUUGUGGCACGGCAAACUAACUCUAACGACUGGCGAAAAGGGCCAGCCUCGACUAUUGCGCAUUAUGCAACGGUAUCCAGGGAAUGGCAAGAGGAAUUUGUCGAGCCUAUUAUCUUCAAGGUCAUACGUGUAACUCCGAGACGUCUCAGGUCCUUUUGUCAGAUCGUAACUUCGCCGCGGCGAAGGGCAAUCGUCCAGACGAUCUGUUUCCAUGUUUUCCUCGAUAAAUACGACCCUCACCUUAAUGGCGAACCGGAAACGUCGGCAGAGCGACGGCGGAGCACCGAGAUCUUGACCACGGCCCUUGAGACUUUCUUUCGGGCAAUGACCCAGUGGCAGAAGAGUGAUACCUCUCCCCUCGGUCUGGACCUUAAUCUUCUUGUCGAUUCACCUAGUGAUACGUCAUCCUUGGUCGGUAGGAAUGGGGGGUCCCUCAUGACGGGGAGAGCUCUAACAUCGUGCCUAAAACUUGACCUCGAGGCCGUAUCAUUGCCACAUAUUGACGUCUUCAGCGGUUUUCGAUGCACCGGGAGACACCUGCAACCAACAUCUAUACUAGCUAUUGUAUCUAGGCUUCAGACAUUGGAAUAUCUUGAUGUCGAACUCAACCAUGACUCAACACGCAACCGAGAUGUCAAACAGAGAAACAGCUUUGCUUUGGGCCUCCAGCAUUCCGAAACAAUUCGAGUUCUCAGUCUACGCCGCCCCAGCCCGAUGCUAACGCCAGUUCACGCACCCCCAAAACAGCCGUGGUCGGCCUUUUAUGCCCAUAUGCGGACAUUCAGUCAGCAAUGCGAAUCUUUCGAAUUCGACGAUUGCAUCGACGCUGUCCAAUUCUUUACACCAUUCCUCGUUGGGCCGGGCAUAGCAGAGCCGCCUAAGGGCCAAGAGGCGCCCUUCUUUUCGCGGUUGAAGAGGCUUAACAUCCGCAACUCGUACAUGAUGAAGGAACCAUAUUUGCGUGUCACGAAUAGGGUUAAAGCCUUAGCGGCUGUCCAUGAUGUUCUCGUGGCGAUCGGGCGGGCGACCCGCCGUAUGCCGGUACUGCUGUUCGCUCGCGUCUGCCAAUAUGUCCUUACCGAUGAACAGUUGGAAUGGUUCAUCCUUACAUAUGAAUACCAUGCUGGUAAAGCUGUAGUACGCACCAAGGGCUUCAAACCAGGGAAACUAAUGGCCAAUGCUUGGAGGGAUUCUGCCGCUGAAAAUGGCAUUAAGCUUAUAAUUCACCAUGAGAAGGACGAUCUUAAUGCGCCCGAACUCUGAAUCAUUUAUCUCGUUAAGGGUAGUUCAUUUUUCAAUUUUGAGGCAGCGAGGAGUUGGUUGUUAGGGAGGCAUAUUGCAUGUCAAAUUUCACGUGUCGGUAGAAUUAUCCAUACCGUUGAAUAUAAACACGACAAAAACUAACCGUGAUAAAAUAUAUUUUCGAUCAGGUACAACCUAACUCGAUGCUAGCCAUGCAGUUGAUUGCCUGUAAAGAAAAUCAAAUCAAACAAUUUCAUGUGUUCUC